AUGCAUUGUGGUAGAAAAAAAGGCAAAAGUGGUGUUUAUCAAAUAGCAAUAACUAUAAUUGAAGCAAAAUAUCUCGCUCAAAAUGCCAAUCCAAUGGUUGUGGUUAAAGUUGGGAAUCAGAAAAGAAAAACUGUCAUACGAAACAGAACUGAUUCACCAUACUUUAAUGAAUACUUUGUAUUCAGUUUCACUGGUGAUAUACAAGUUUUUCUCAGUACAAGAAUUUCUAUCUCAGUUUACUUGAAACGUUACUUGAGGCUUCAAUUUCAUGGUGGAAUUUCAUUUGAUGUUGCAACAGUUUGGGAUCAACCAAAUCGUGAAUAUUAUCAUAAAUGGGCAAUGCUGACAAAUCCAAAAGAUCCAACGGGAACUCCAAAAGGGUAUGUCAAAUGUAACAUAGCGAUUAAUGUAAAGGGUGAAAAGAUGCCGAUUCAUGCAGAAAGUGAAGGAGAAGAAGAUAUUGAAGGAAACUUGUUGAUGCCAAUUGCAAAUUUUUUUCCAAUGGGUCGACAAAAAGCUCGAUAUAUAUUUUCUGUUUAUCGAGCUGAUGGAUUGUCGAGUAAUAAUUUUAAUUGUAGCUAUGGGGAAUUUGAUAAAACAGUGAAUCCAUUUAUUCAAAUAUCUUUUGCCGGAUUGAAGGGAGAAACAAGAUGGCAUACUAGAACACACACGGCUUGUUUUUAUGAAAAAAUCAUUUUUACGGAAAUGUUUCCACCAUUAUCCUAUCGAGUUAGAAUCGCCAUAAAACAUAAAGUUGAUAGCUGUAGAUCCACUGUGCUUGCUACUAAUAUACUCAGCUUAGCAAAGCUGUCCAAUUCUGGAGAAUAUGGGUUCCUACCGACUUAUGGUCCAUCAUUUAUUCACUUUUACAAUGGUGACAGCGUGGAUUCAAGGAGUCAUUGUGCUAGUAAGUGUCAGGUCAUGCGACCUAUUUAUCAAGGCAGAGUGCUUCUUUCUCUGAAGACAGAAAUUGAUGAUUCAGGAUCACCUAUCAUUUCUGGAGUGGAUACUGAGCCCAUUGCUCCAAUUAUCGAGCGAAAGUUAUGGAGCACAGAAGAAUAUUUACUUGUUGGAAUCAUCUAUGAUGCUUCGAUGAUUGAUCGUUCAAGAUUCAUGAAAAAGUCUAUAAGCUUUGAAAUUAACAUUGGCAAUGCUGGUAGUCAUAUCUUUCCUCACAAUGUAGAAACUUAUGACCAUGUAUUACACAACGUAAUUGUUGAGAAACGUCCUGAUUUUGAAAGCAGCUCUACGCCAAGAUUAAUGACUACGACAGAUGGCAAGUUUAAUUACCUUCCUAUUGGAUCCAAUAAACCUUGCUUGUACGUUAAAUCCUGGUGGCCUAACUUACAAUGGAGAGUCUCUAACUCCAACAUACUAAUGUAUAUUCAUAAUUUUCUGGAAGAUAAGCUGAGCAAAUUGGAGAUGCUUAUUGCAGUAGGAAAUCCCACAGUAUACGAAACUUAUAAUGAUAUUAUUGAAUCGUUGAAAGGUUACUGCAUGCAAUACCUCCAGAUAUUGGAUACGGAAACAUUUUAUGAGAGUGGUGGAACCACAAAAUUAGACAGGCAUCGGGUUAAUCUUUGUCGUAAUAGCAUUCAGGAUAUUGUCAAAAUGAUUGAUAUUAAUGGAAAACUACAAAAUAACAAUUACGUUAAAAUUGCCAUGUUGCAUGCUUAUAAAUACUUAAGGAAAAUUUAUGAGAUAUCUGAAGAUCCACAGCACAGUUUUCCUGAUAUUUUCAUUUGGAUGGUGUCUGAUAAUAAACAUGUAGCAUUGGCACGUCUACCAGCAUCAAAAAUCAUUUAUUCAGAACAGUCAAUGUCUUGUGGACCACAGUGUGGACAGAGAGUCAAUUUAUUUAUGAAUAAUAUUGAUGAACACUCUGGAGUUGUGGAUUAUAGUGCUUGCAAUAUAGAAAUAUUUUUGUGGUUUGGAAACAUUAAAUUUUCAUCAGCAUGUUGGGAUGUUAUACCUGAAGGGUAUGAUGCUAACCAGUUCAUAAACAGUGAAACGUUUCCAAGAACUUUGAACUACGUUGUGACUCGGAAAUUCCAACUUCGUGCUCACAUUUUCCAAGGUCGCUUUGAUUCAGGACUAGAUCCUUCAGGUUUGAUGGAUCCAUUUAUUCGAGUAAUGUUCCAUGGAUAUACUGCUACGACAAGAUCAAUUAAACAAAGUCUGGCUCCUGUUUGGGAUGAAACUCUAGUAUUUCCGUCAAUCAAGUUAUACGGAAUGAAGGAAAGUAUCAAAUCAAUGCCUCCAAGGGUCGUGAUUGAAGCUUUCGAUUGGGAUUUAUGCGGAGCCCAAGAGUUCUUUGGAAGAUGCGUAGCUGUUCCAGUUGUCAAUUUUCAGGAUGAGCCAUAUUCUCCACCAGAUUUCCCACCGACUUUGACUUGGUAUAAUCUUCUCACGGAAUUAGACUUUCAAGGAAGCGUACUAGCAGCUUUCGAACUCAUUCAAGUAACAGAGGCUGAUGAAGAAUCUUCUACAGAUAUCAAAAUUUAUAAUCUGCCUGAUGAUAUCCGUCCCACUAUGAGAAGUCAUCGACUUGAAGUGAUUUUUUGGGGUGUAAGAGAUCUGAGAAAACUUUAUUUCAACAAAGUGACUCGACCUCAAAUAAUAAUAGAGUGUUCAGGAGUCCAUGUCAAGUCUGAAAUAAUGAAAAAUGCGAAAAAAUUUCCAAACUUUCAUCAUUCUCAUGUCGUCAUUGAAUUGGAUUUGCCUGAACAAGAUAUUUAUUAUCCUCCAAUCACCAUCCAAGUCUUUGAUUUCCGGAAAUUCGGUUGUCUAAAAUAUGCUGGUGUUUGCAUCGUACCAACAGCUCAUAUUUUUCUUGAAGAAUUAAUCACUGAAGCGGAAUACAAUUAUCUAAUUUAUGGAGAAGAAGUUGGUGAGACUUUUCAACGAAAAUCGGAAUCAGAGCUGAUAUUACCACUUCCAAUCGAUUAUGAUCCUGAGGAAGAAGAAAAGAAAAGUUUGAUUAGUUAUGAAAAGGUUCCAAAAGUGGAUCGUCCUUCUCGCAUGAUGAAGAUUUUAGAUGUUACAAGAAAAUUUUUAUUUGAUAGCAGAGAUCAAGAGAAAAAUGAGGAAGAAAAUUAUGGAAAUGAUGAGGAUGAGAGUUAUGACUGGUGGAGCAAAUAUUUCGCAUCCCUCGAGGAAGAGAAAAAUCGAGAGCUCGGAGAGAAAAAAGUUAUUGCUCCUGGUCAAAAACCAAUUGCUACUUUCAAGAUUUAUUCAUCGGAGCUUGAGAUGCAACCAGAGUUUGAAGGAUUCCAAGAUAAAUUAACGACAUUCGAGCUAUCGAGAGGAAAAGAAACCGGCGAUUCGGAACAAGAUGAAAAAAACUAUGCUGGUAAAUUUAAGGGUCAUAUUUCAAUUUAUCCAUGGCCUCAUCCGGAUAAUCUUGGAUGUAAAACUAAAAAUGGAUGGAGUGUGUCAAGUGGAUUUUUAGCAGAUUAUCCGCAUCAGGAGCCAGUAAAACUCAUUGUCCGACUAUAUGUCGUAAAAGGAAUCAAUUUACAUCCUUGUGAUCCAUUGACAGGAAAAUCUGAUCCAUAUUUAAAAAUCAAGCUUGGAAAAACUACCAUCAAUGAUCAGAAAAAUUAUAUACCCAAUCAACUGAAUCCUGUUUUUGGCAAAUGCUUUGAAAUCGAAGCAGAAUUUCCCAAAGAUCAUACCUUAAUUAUUCAAGUGUGGGAUUGGGAUGCAGCGUCAGUUGAUGACUUGAUUGGUGAAACACAAAUUGACAUUGAAAAUCGAUACUACAGUGAUCAUCGUGGUCACUGCGGUAUUUCUAGAACAUAUAGCACAUCCGGAUAUAAUGCUUGGAGAGAUCGUGAGAAACCAAUGCAAAUUUUAGAAUCACUUUGUAGAAAAAAUAAAUUACCUAUGCCAGAAUUCUCACAUUUAAAUGCAACAAUUGGAAAACAGAAAUUCACUUUCUCAACAAGUUUGGAUCUCGUUGGAGAGUCAGGUAACGUGAGAAAUGGGCUAUCAAGACAAGAGUGUAUGGCUUUACACAUUCUUCAUCACUGGCAACAAUUUCCUAUUUGUGGAGUGGCAUUAGUGCCUGAACAUCUUGAAAGAAGAUCACUUUUCAAUGCUAAAAAACCAGGACUUGAACAAGGUAAAUUGGAGCUUUGGGUGGACAUGUUUCGCAUCGAUGACCUACCACCAAAACCACCCAUAAACAUUUCACCUCAAAUCCCGGAGGAAUACGAACUACGAGUUAUCAUUUGGAACACUGAGGAUGUACCACUGUCAGACAAUCAAUUUUUAACUGGAGAAAAGUGCUCAGACAUUUACGUCAAAGGUUGGCUUUUGUAUGAAGAUCUCCAGAAGACAGACAUUCAUUACAACUCGUUGACUGGUGAAGGUAAUUUUAACUGGAGAUUUGUAUUCCGUUUUACCUAUUCCAAGUCUGAACAUCUCAUGAUUGUCAAGAAGAAAUUGUCUGUUUUUGCAAGAGAUGCAACAGAACAAAAGUUACCAUGUAAAUUUUAUCUACAGGUGUGGGAUAGUGAUCAUUUUUCUCCAGAUGAUUUUCUGGGCUUCCUGACAUUGGAUUUAUCUCGAAUGCCUCGAGGAAGUACCAAUUCAAAAAACUGUACAUUAAAAAUUAUGGACCCAGCAUCACCAACCAUCAGUUUGUUUAAUGUUAGACGAACAAAAGCAUGGUGGCCAUUCAUGUAUUCAACAAAUGGAGAAUAUAUUCAAGCGGGUAAAGUGGAAAUGGAAAUGACUUUGGUUCCCAUUUCAGAAGCAGACGAGAAACCAGUGGGAAAAGGUCGAGAUCCACCUAAUCCUCUUGCACCACCAGACCGACCUGACACUUCAUUUUCCUGGUUCCGCAAUCCAUGGAAAGCAUUUUGCUUUGUUGUUUGUCGUUAUUAUAAAUGGCGCCUGGUUUGUUGUUGUUCAAUAUUCCUACUUAUUUUACUUUUUGGCUGUGCACUCUAUGCAUUUCCGGGCUAUCUUGUUAAACGGAUACUGGGUGCUUGAACUGAAAAUAAACUAUUUUCAUCAUUCAUAUUGCUUCCGUAUUAUUUUAUUUAUGGUUUUACUUGGAGUUCAAGGGGUGCUGAGACGUCAGGGAGUAACAUGAC